CACCUACUUCUUUUAAAUUCCCAAUCUUUCCCUUUUAUUGUUUUUUUCAUGCUUUUUAGAGAGAAGGUAAAAACUUUAAUCUUCGGUUUUGCUUCAGUUCUCUGAUAAUGGAGAAGCAGAAAUGCAAGCUCUGUGCUCGAACAUUCUCUAAUGGCAGAGCUUUAGGAGGUCACAUGAAAGGUCACUUAGCCACUCAUCCACUGCCUCGAAAAACGGCUCAGCAUCACCAACUCGGUGGCCGUACCGACUCAGCUUCCUCAUCAUCGUCUUCAUCAGGUGAAGAGCAAGAAGAGAAAACCAAAGUGCUCGAAGAUAAAUGUUUUGUUUACGGGUUAGGAGAGAAUCCCAUGAAGAGUUUCAGGUACGCAGAUCCCGAUUUCUCAUUUGCAGUAAUAGAUUCUGGGUCCGUUGUUCUAGACACAGAAAGUGAGACCGAGUCGAGAAACCCAACUCGGCGACGAUCUAAGAGAUGCCCAAAAGCGUGUACAAAUACAAAAACAACAGAUGGAAUCAAGAAACAAAAGUUGUUGAGGAAACCCAGUUUGGUCGAGUCACCGACUGAGCCAGAACCAGUGAGUUCAGUUUCCGAUACUUCACCUGAAGAACAUAUUGCUGUGUGUCUUAUGAUGCUGUCAAGAGAUGUUUGGAAAAGCAAAAAUGUGGAACAAAACUCAGAAGGGAACAAGAAGGUUCGUAAGUCAAGCAAGAAAAAGAUUCAUGGGAAGCAUCGAUGUGAGCUAUGUAAGAAAACAUUUCGAUCUUUUUACACAUUGGAUGAACAUAAAAGGGUUUGCUCUGAAACUAAAAAAGCAAGCAAAGUCGCAACCACUGCUGCUGGUAAUAACGGCAAGAUAUUUGAGUGUCCAUUGUGUUACAGAGUGUUCGGUUCGGGACAAGCACUCGGUGGUCACAAGAGAUCCCAUUUGCUUGCUGCUACUCCAAAUUCAGGCAAAUUUUACAACAAUUUGAUAGAUCUAAACUUGCCAGCUCCAUUGGAAGAUGAUGAGUUUAGUGUGGUUUCUGAUGCUUAAACUGAAUGAUGGGGCUAUUCACGUCGAUCUGAUGCUCUAUAUUCAAUGUUUUUAUGCAUUGUUUUUUUUUUAAUUUUCUUUUACUGUAGUUUCUUAAUAUUUCUUCAUUCAUAGAUAAAUCAUGAAUGUUUGGUAUUCUUUCAA